UUUGUCCUAAAAAUAGCCUCAACUCAAAUGCAAUAUAAUUACAUUUGACUCAUUUAAUCGAUAGAGAAUCAAUAUGAGAGCUUCAACAAUUAUUAUUAAGGUCGGUCGUGGUUGUUUGACGCGCUCCUACGCCAUGGCUCCAGCGCGCCCUGGGAUUCUGGAAAAACUACAAGCCAGAAAAAAUUUGUUCCUGGAAGCUAACGACAUUCCUGUUCACAUCAAAGGAGGCGUCAAGGAUAAUAUUUUGGCUAAAACUACCGCUGUUAUGGUUACAACUGGAUAUUUUUUUGGACUCUACACUGCGGUGAUAGCGGUGAAGAAAACUUAAAUCAAUUGUGUAAAUUUUAGUUGAGUAAAUUGUAAUUUUUAUGAGAAAACGUUUUUUAAUUUGGC